AAACAAGUGAGCACCGGUCAACAAUUAGAAAACGUGUUUAAUUCUUUAAAUUAACGUAUUUAAAUGGUUGUUCUAUAAACAUAGCCUUAAUUUGUUAUUUGUUACAUGAAAAAUGUCUAAAGUUAAAAGUGACAAAGUGACGUCGAAAGAUAGUGUACAUGGUGAAAACAGUGAAGAUUCGUGCGGUGAUGACACAGCCAGCGUCAGCACUAAUAAUACCUCUCGCAGCAAAUCACCUACCACACGGCGAUCCCGUGGUCAUAGGCGUAGCAACAAAUCAAAAGCACGUAAACCUGCAUAUAAAUAUGAUUAUCAUGUGAAGGAAAAUCAUGGACAGGCGAUUUUCGGUAUUAGUUUCAAUCAGUGGUUGGGGAACGAUCAGCCGCUUAUAUUCGCCACAGCAGGUAGCAACCGCUGCACCAUUUAUGAGUGUCCACGGCAAGGUGGUAUAAAAUUGCUUAUGUGUUACGCCGACCCGGAUCCAGACGAGGUGUUCUACACAUGUGCUUGGUCAUACGACAUUAAAACAUCACUACCCUUGAUUGCCACGGCUGGUUAUCGUGGUGUGAUUCGGGUUAUUGAUGUGCAAAAAAAUGAAACUGUGGGCAACUACAUCGGCCAUGGGCAAGCCAUUAACGAACUGAAAUAUCAUCCGCGACAGCCGCAUCUCUUAUUAUCUGGUAGUAAAGACCAUGCGAUACGCCUUUGGAAUACACAAUCGCACGUGUGUAUUGCAAUUUUUGGUGGUGUGGAAGGUCACCGGGAUGAGGUGCUUUCUAUCGAUUUUGAUUAUCGUGGCGAACGUAUUAUGUCCAGUGGCAUGGAUCACUCUUUAAAACUGUGGUGUAUAAAUACAGAAGAUUUUAAAGAGAAAAUCGAAUUUUCGCGUACAUUCAAUCCAAACAAAUCACAGAGGCCUUUUCCAACAAUAAUGCAGCACUUUCCCGAUUUCUCCACACGAGAUAUACAUCGAAACUAUGUGGAUUGUGUGCAAUGGUUUGGCGAUUUCGUUCUAUCUAAAUCAUGCGAGAACUCCAUAAUUUGCUGGAAACCCGGACAGCUCCAUCAAGGAUUGUCACAACUCAAACCCAAUGACCCGUCAUGUACCAUUAUCGCCGAAUUUGACUAUGAUGAAUGUGAAAUAUGGUUUGUUCGGUUUGGAUUCAAUCCGUGUCACAAGAUAAUUGCAUUGGGAAAUCAGCAUGGCAAGGUGUACGUAUGGGAACUCGAUCCCAGUGACCCUGGGCACACAAACACGAGUACACUAAAUAAUUUAAAAUGCAAUUCUCCUGUGAGGCAAGUAGCUUUCUCACGUGAUUCGAGUGUCCUCGUCUAUGUAUGUGAUGAUGGUACAGUCUGGCGAUGGAACAAGACCAAUAUUGUGCAAAAAACGCCUUAAAUAUCUCACAAAGACAGAGAGUGAUCAUUUUUAUACUUUUCUAAUUAUUUAGUCGCAGUAGGAGAAAUUUAGUAUGCAAA